AUGGAAUCAUUUGCCGUAUCAGACAAGCAAUUCGACGACCGUGAGUUUGCCAAUGGACUCAACGAACUGAAGAAACGACGCGAGAAUGGCGAGUUGUCGUGCGAUCUGCUGUGGAGAAUGUGCCGGUUCUGUCACGAGCUGUCCAAUACAAUGACUGGUGAGCAGAGACGGAAGGUGUUGAUCGAAGGACGCGACUACGGACUUCAAGCCAUGGAACUUGAUCCAAACUGUUUCCUGGCAGCCAAGUGGGCGGCCAUCUUGUUCGGACUCGUCGUCGAUCAAUUGCCAACCAAGGAGAAGAUCAGUGAAGGAGGAAAGCUCAAGGACAUGCUGGAUAAGGCGCUCGAGUUGGAACCAACCGAUUUCGCAUUGCUUCACCUCCGUGCCCGUUUCUCCUUCACUCUCGCAAACCUGUCAUGGCUCGAAAGAAAGGCAGCAUCCAUGUUGUACAGCGAAGUGCCGAAGGCAACGAUCGACGAUGCACUUGUGGACUUUGAAGCCGCUUACCAGCAACACUCUGACUGGAUCGAGAACUUGCUAUUCUUGUCAAAGUGCCAUAUUGCUAAGAAGGAGAAGAAACAAGCCCGUGAGCUGUUGAGCAAGGCUAUUGAACUGCCAAAAGAGUCAUCGAAUGAUGAGCAAUUUGUCACGGAAUGCAAAUCACUUCUCCAAAAAUGCUAA